AUGCCAGACAGCAGCAGCGAUUCCGAUUCGGACACUAGUUCGAACGCCGACACCAACGAGGACACUACAACCGAAUCUGGAACCGAUUCUGGAACCAACGAGGAUACUACCACUGAUUCUGGGACUGGUUCCGACACUGGGUCAGAUACUGGUUCUGGCGCUGGUUCGGGCUCUGGUUCUGGUACUGGGUCCGAUACCGGGUCCGACACCGGUUCCGACGCUGGUCCCACCACUGGUUCUGACGGCGAUGACACUGAAGAAAAGGAGGAAUCUGGUGACGAUGAAAAGCCGGAAGAGUCAGGAGAGGAUAAAAACGAAGAAUCAAAUGAUGACACCGGCUCGGAUGAUGACGAUUCUGAUUCUGGCUCCGGCUCUGGUUCCGACGAUGGGAUGGUGGAAGAAGAAGUCCUCGACGACAGCGUUCACGAGGAAAUUGUGGACGAAGGCUUGCCUACAAUCGAAGAACAUACCGAAAGCGAAGCUGCGGGACAAGAGACAGCGUCUCCCGUUGGAACCCCAGCUGGCACCCAUGUCGAAACUAUCGAUGAAGAUGGAGAAUCCAAGGAUGGGGACCGUGCAUCACCAGAUGGGGCCGCCGACAGAGACUUGGAGGCCGACAGAGACUUGGAGCGUGGAGUUCAAUUCACGGCCGCUCCGAGGAAACCCAAGGAAGACGAUGGAACCAAUCCUUUUGUCACUUUCUUCUGUUGCUUGCUCUUUUUUGCCGUUCUCGCUGCUGCCAUUGCGGCUCCCAUCGAUCUAAUGGAUGGAGGCGGCGGGACGUCCCUCCAAGCUACCCAGGUCAGCCGUGGCAAUGAUGGCGGCAGCAACGUUGGUCCAACCCCCACACCGGCUCCACAAGCCUCAUCUCCAACUACGCCUACCACUCCUACCACUCCAACCACACCAACAAGUCCCUCGGAGCCAACAAGUCCCACCGCACCUACAAGUCCUACAUCCGCCCCCGCUGCGCCCGGAGCAACACCAGCUCCUUUUGUUUCAGGACCCACUGAAGCACCGACGGAAGUCAACUUGGGACAAUUUUUGAAUACCUUCCUCUUUCCACGAUUUGGGGAAGCCCCGUUCGAAGAUACCAACAGCGCCGAAUACAAGGCUGCUGAUCACAUGGCCAGUAACGACCCAUACAUUUUCCAAGGUCCUGUGGAAGAUGAAGACGAACUUGGUGAUCGUUAUGCUCUCACUGCAAUGUACUUUUCCUUGAAUGGAGAAUCCUGGACAAGCUGUGGCUUGGAGUCCGAAAAUUGCUUUGCGGAGAACUGGCUCGCUGGAGAUGUCUGUGCCUGGGCUGGCGUCGCUUGUAAUGAAGGUGGACGAGUGACAAGCAUUGACUUUUCCGUCGGUUUCACUGGAGGAGCCACCGCGGGAACCCUGCCUCCAGCCAUCACUUUGUUGACAGAGCUGGAAGAGUUCAAGUUGACUAGUGGCGAGGUUACUGGAUUCUUGCCCAACGAAUUUUUGGGUUUGAGUAACCUAGCGGUUCUAGAUUUGAGUGGCUUGGCCUUGAACGGCCCUCUUCCUGCGGGCCUUGGAGACCUUAGCAAUUUGAGUAACUUACUCUUGGCCGAUAACUCUUUCACGGGUACUGUUCCAAACUCGUUCGGCGGCCUGUUGGAUCUGCGAUCUUUGACGUUGGACGGGAAUACGCUUUCGGGAAGCAUUCCAGCUGGUCUUUGUGACCUUGGUUUGCCUACCUUGACCUCCAGUUGCGACUCCACAGAGUUUAUCUGCGGCUGCUGUACUUCUUGCUCAUAA